AUGAGCACAGCCGACCCCGAGGGCUCCAGGACCGCCUUCGAGCUGAAUGCCGUGCACCAGCGCCGCGAUCAGUCGCGCGUGACGAGCGUGGGCGUCGACGGCGAUGGCCAGCGACUGUACAUCGGCCUCGACGCGGGCGUCCUGGAGGAGCACCGGUUGAUGCAGACGCCCUCGGGCAUUGUCGCCAGGUUCAGCGCGAGGAGAAGCGUGUCCAAAAAGGGUGUGGUGGGCAUCUGCUUGUUGUCUGCCGUCAAUCGUCUGGCAGCCUUGACUGAAGAUGGGCACGUUGUCCUUUGUGAGCUGGAGCAGCUUGAACCUGUUGAAAUCCAGAAGCUGAAGGGUGCCACAUGUCUUGCUGUGGAAGUGAGUUCGCGCUCCCCCAGCCAUUUGGCUGUCGCUGUCAGGCUGGGGUCGAGGAAGAGCCGGGUGGAUGUGUAUGAGGUGUUCCCUGGGGCUGCAUCAGGGCACACCAUGAGGGAGCCGGCCCGCCUGUUGGUUGAAUACCCUGUGCCUGAUGAAGUCAAGGACCUUGUGUGGGUUGGGCAACAGCUGGUGCUAUGCCUGCACCGCACAUACAAGGUCAUCAAAGCCGAUGGGUUGAGAGACUUGCUGGAGCCGAGCACGACACCCAUGUGCACUGCUCUUGCUUCUGCAAACGUGGCUGUGCUGCUGUGGGAGGACACAAUGGCAGUUGUGGCAGAUGCAGAUGGACAGGCUGCAAGGCCUCCACUGAACCUGCCUGCCAAACCGCUGCGAUUAAUGCAAGGUGGAAUGUGCAUUGUCGCAGUUUGUGAAGGAGGGGACAUACACAUCUAUGACCAAGGGACAAGUCGCCUGCUCCAGAGGAUCCCAUUUCCUGUCAAUGGCUUCAUGAAUCCAGAUGAUCCCUCUCAACCCCAGCUGUUCCAUGCAGACACACCCACAGGGGCAUGUGUGGUGCUGGCCUCACCCCGGCGCAUAUGGAUCCUGCGCCCUGUGGCACCAGACAACCAGGCACAGCAGUUGCUGAGGGGUCGCAGCUAUGCGGCUGCCUUGGAGCUGGCAGAGCAGUGCAGUGCCAAGGGGGAACCCUGGGUGCCCAUCUUUUAUGCGCAGGCAGGACUGCUGCUGCUGCAAGAUUUUCGAUGGAGGGAGGCCAUCGAGUGCCUCGAACACUGCAGCAUCGAGGUCUUCCAGCCCUGUGAACUCUUCCCCUUGUUUCCUGCGUGGACUGAAAAAUGGGCAGAACAGGUGCCUUUGAAGGAUUACUGGGGGCUGCACGGUGGCCUGAUCACCUUGGAAAAGAUGGUUGGUGUUGGGCGUCGAUACUCAUAUGGAGGAGAAUCACCCUCUGCAGACCCGGUGGGCAUCUCCAGCAGCGAGAUGGACAGGGGGCCUGGCAAGCCAAGCACCAGCGCCAGAGACAAGCACCUGCUGGAAGCAAAGCAGCAGAUCGCCUCGUAUCUUCUAAGCGUCAGGAGACGUGCUGGGGUUCGUCUUAUGGAUGGCAUUGACACAUUGAUAGUGCACUUGCUUGCAAAUGUGGGAGAUGCUGGCCGACUGGAGGAUUUUCUUGCAUCUCCGCAACAGGUCGUGCUGUUGGAUGUGGAGCAACAGUUGUUGGACAUGGGUCGUCCUCAUGCUCUUGCGCUGUUGGUGUCCAGCCACAGGGCAGCCGCACGUGCCCUUGACCUGUGGCAGCGGAUGGCGAAUUCCCAGAUCAAGGAGAAGCCUGCAAGGUUAGGAGGUGCAGUGUCACAGGCUGGAGGCGAUGCGACAAAGGUUGCCAAAUACCAUGCAGCGAAAUUGCUGGCGGAGGAGGAAGAUGUGGAUGAUGAGUUGGUAUUGAGACACUUAGUGUGGCUGCGGGACCUUGCUCCUUUGAGAUUUCUUCAAGUAGUCAAGGCUCGAUCCCUUGUGGCGGACGCAGUCCUUGGGCUCCUGCCACAGCAGCCGCUGGCACUGCGUUGGAGAUAUUUGGAUCACCUCACCACAUCUGGACAAACGUUGAAGCCGCAGCACCACACGGAGUUGGCACUGGUGUUGGUCCAAGCAAUACUGGAGGCAGAAGCACAGUCCACCACUGAAACAGCCCAGAAAGACUCUGCAGUGGUUUCUGCAGUCCUGGGGAGCCAUACUUAUCAAAGCAAGAGCAGCACAGAGGAAUCGUCCAGAGGCGAUGCAGCCAGCAGCAAAGCAGCAAAUCCAGAUGUGGCCGCUGUUGGCAGAUAUGACGAGCCAGAUGAACUGCCCGCCACUUCUGAAGCGGAGCUGCACUCUGUCCUGCAGUCUCACUUGCACAAGUCGCAUCUGUAUGAUGUCCUGAGGGUGCUUCGCGCAGUUGAAAGCACGAAGUUGUACAAAGAGCAGGUCAUCUUGUACUGUCGAUUGUGUGAUCAUCCUCGGGCACUACGGGUGCUGGCUGUUACACUUCGUGAGGUGGGAUCGGCAAUAGCAUACUGCAAGCAGCAUGGUGGCCAGGACGGAUUUUUGACACUGCUGGAAAUGCUCCUCCACCCUGGGGAUGGCCAGCAGCCAAUGUACACAGAAGCCUGUAUGGUCCUCAACGCGGAGAGCGGCAACCUCGACCCGAUGCGCGUGCUGGAGGCCCUGUCCGAGGACAUGCCACUGCAGCUGGCCAACGCCACGCUGGCGCGCAUGCUGCGCGAGCGCAUACACCGGCGCCGCCAGACGCGCAUCGUCGCCAAGCUGCACCGCUCCCGCGAGCUGCUGUCCAGGGCGGAGAAGUACGAGCUGCAGUCGACGAUCAAGGGGCGGGCGGUGGUGACGGACGAGAGCCGCUGCGCGGUGUGCUUCAACCCACUGGCGGGCCGCAUCUUCUACGUCUACCCCAGCUCCUCCAUGGUGUGCGCCACCUGCCAGAGGGGCUUCCGGGAGGGCCGGGAGCAGGAAGACGACUCCGAUUAG